ACGAUCGACUGCAAGCGUUACCAAAGUUCAAAUACGUCAAACGUACGGUUCAGGUCGAGUGCAGCGUGCAGAUGGACACAAACCUGCGUAACAUGCGUCUUUGCUCGUGUACUGAUGACUGUUCCUCGGAAGGUGCUAAUUGUGUCUGCUCAGAACGUGGAUGGUACAAUGCUGAUGGUCGGCUGGUGGACGAUUUUAAUUACCACCACCCACCGGAGAUUGUCGAGUGCGGUGAUGCGUGCGAUUGCAACCGAUUGGUCUGCCGGAAUCGGGUGGUGCAGCGGGGUCUGCUGGUACCGCUGCAGAUCUUCCACAGUGCAGGCAAGGGCUGGAGUGUCCGGACGCUAGUACGCAUUGCAAAGGGUAGUUUUCUGGUUGAGUAUGUCGGUGAGCUGUUGACCGACGAAGCCGCUGAUCGACGACCGGAUGAUAGCUACAUCUUCGAUUUGGGUGCCGGAUACUGUAUGGAUGCCAGUGCGUAUGGUAAUGUGAGCCGAUUCUUCAAUCAUUCCUGCAAACCGAACGUUUCACCGGUGCGUGUCUUCUACGAGCAUCAGGAUACGCGCUUUCCGAAGGUGGCCAUGUUUGCCUGCCGAGACAUCGAACCGCAGGAGGAAAUUUGCUUCGAUUAUGGGGAUAAGUUCUGGAUGGUGAAAAACCGAACCGUAUGCUGCCAGUGCAAUGCUUCCGAGUGCCGAUACCGUACGGUGCAGCAGGCCGGCGAUGGCUGCCCCGUGACUGUAGUGCUGUAGAUGAUUGAAGGCCACACGAUCACCCCCGGGUUCUCGUUACUGUAAUAGUUUGAAUUUUAAUCUACUUUAUUUGAGCGAAUGUGAAAGAGCGCAGACAUUCAAAAUAGGCUAAAGGGAACGAUGGAUACAUUGAUUCCAGAAACAAUAUUUACUUAUAUCUUUCUGCGUGGCCAUAGAUGGUUUUCCCUUUUAUUUAUUCGUCCUUCUGUAAACGAUCACCAUUUAUAGAGUAGGCCUGUGGGCAACCAGUGACUAGCGCAACGAGGUGCGUCGGUUAAUCAAAGCAAUGAUAAGGAAGAAGUAAAGUUUAUGCUAGUAUCUUUACCUCCCUUCAGAAUCCCCUUUGUUUGAUCAGAUCGGAAGACCUAAGUUGUACGUACGUGUGCGGUGCCGAUGGUUGACGUAACCAUCGGUGCAGAACACGAUAUGAAAUUGUACCAAAAAUUAGAACGACAUGAAAAAACAAACUUAGUAUUAUUCUAAAUUAGCUAACCGCUGCACAAAGCAAUGCACCUACACGUGUAGGUUGAGUAGGUCGGGUGGGGUUCGUGCCAUAUCACAGCUCUUUUCGUCGAAAGAGACAGAGAGACAGAGAGAGGGAGUAAGCAAGAAUACGACUGGUGUUGACGAUGUUGGCCGGUUUGAUAUUACGUAAACGUACCCAGUAAUCCCGCGAUGUGAUGUAGAUCGCUAUGCCAUAAAGAACAUUGUACAGGGUCUUCUGGUUGAGUAACAGUUCUAGGUGGGCUGUGUUCGACUCCAGAUCGUUUGGACAGGAAGCUCUGCGGAACUGAAAUGCGCACACUCACAGGUAGGGCGCGAUCGAUUACAACCCGAAGAUAGUCAGAUUUGAUAGAUAAGAAGCUAGUAGUAAGUCGAGCGUGCAUGCGUGCGUGUACUGUGUGCAGUUUUAUGAGUUCGAUUGUACUGCUUUCCUAUUUUUAUUGUUUUGUUCAAUUAGUUUGAUUUCCUCCGAGAGUUCGCCAGUAGCUUCUAAGUAGUGUGUAUCUUGUUUGGCCAUUAUAAGUAUAGCAUGGGUCUAGUUUCGAUUUCUCAACCACCGAAGAUGUAGUACAACCAAUUCGUUCGAAUUCAUACAUACAUCACUCCGCGAGGCGAUCUCACUGCAAUCGGAAAACUGUAAUGUGACAGGUUUCGGUUGGAACUUUCUGUGAAUUUGCGCUGGACUAGAUUGAAAAAAAAAACAAAUAACCAAAGCCGCCAGAUUGCACGGGCCAUUCGGCGGAUCCUGCCCGUUUCUUUGUCGUUCGCUUCGGUUCUAAUCAUUCGAUAUAUUGUACAUUGUAGUUUAAUUUUUUCAUACACUCGAUAAUCCACCGCGCGUUUUAGUUCCUUCGGUUUUAUUUACUCGCAUUUGUUUUAAUAUUUUGAUCACAACCCUUUUUCAUGUCUCUUUCUCUCUCUGUGUUUAGAUAAUACAUUUGCUUUCUUGCCAAUAAGUGAUAUCCCAUUUAUCGAGUAAAGGCGGGGAGUGGACAGUUGUAGUGGAAAUAGAUAAGGUAGAAAAUGUAAAGCGAAGAGAAGCUAAAACACAAAAGAAAAUCACAUUCUAGUUAGGGCAAGUUGAGUAGCGAAACGUUCAAAAGAGACACACAAAAAAAGGAAUAAAAGAAGUCAUCUAAAAUCUGUAUAACAAAGUGAGGGU